AAAGAUGAGCUAAUCUCCUCAUCUUCAAUCCAAUUACACAACAAUGUCUCUCUCUUUCUCUCUCCUCAAACCCCCUCUCUCCUCAUCCAAUCCCAACCCCUUCCUCCAUGGCACCACCACCAAACUCUCUCUCCUCCCCUCAUUCUCCGCCCUAUCUCUCUCCUCCUCACCACCGUCCUCCUCCACAACCUACACCUUCCCAGUCAUCAAAGCCAUGAGAUCAAUGCAAGGCAAAGUCAUCUGCGCCACCAAUGACAAGACGGUUAAUGUCGAAGUUGUUCGUCUCGCUCCGCACCCCAAAUACAAGCGUCGGGUAAGGAAGAAGAAGAAGUACCAGGCCCAUGACCCGGAUAACCAGUUCAAAGUGGGUGAUUGGGUUCAGCUUGACAAAUGUCGACCCAUUAGUAAAACCAAGACUUUUCUUGCUGUUGCUCCUGAAGGUAGGCAGAGUUCUGCAACUAGGCCCAAGCCUAUUCAAGCUGCUUCUGAUGAACUUGGUAUUCCUCUUGAAUCUCAGGUGGAAGGGGAUAAGACUGUUUGAGUGAGUUAGGAAUUCGGGUUUUUUUGGGUUUUGUAGAAAGUGCUUGUAAGGUGUUUGAUGAAAUGCCUGGCUGAAAAAAAUGGUGGGGUUGUGUUUAUUUUGUAAUGAGAAUAUUUGUAUGUUUUUCUACUGUCUAAAUUAAUGCAAAACUCUGUUAUUACUUA